AUGGCUGAUAAAUUGUUCUCGAUUCGCAACUAUUUCUUCCUCGGCAGUUAUCAAUCGUGUAUUGGAGAGGCGUUGAAAUUCCAAUCAAAAAACGAGGAGGAGAAGCAGGAGAAGGAUGUCUAUUUAUACAGAGCCUAUAUCGCUCAAGGACAAGCUUUUAUUCCGUUGAAAGAGAUCCCAGCGACCACAAAAUCUGCAGAUUUGGCCGCUGUUCGCAGAUAUGCCGAGUUCCGCAACAAUCCAGCUGCCAAGAAGAAGAUUUUGGCUGAAAUUCAGGAGGAUGUCGCCUCGAAGAAUAUCAAAUCGGAGAUUGCUGCCGUUCUUGCCGCCACUAUUCUCAAUGAGUCAAAUCUCUCCGAAGACGCGUUCCGCGCAGUUUCCCGUUUCGACGGACUCGAAGCACGUGCCUCGAAAGUGUUCACGCUCAUCAAAAUGAACAAGAGAAAAUUGGCGAUCGGAGAGGUGAAAAAGAUGAAUCAAAUCGACGAAGACGCGACUCUCUCCCAACUGGCGAACGCUCUUGUCACCUCGUUCGGAGCCGCCGGAAAAGUGAAAGAUGCUCUUUAUAUUUAUAGUGAGAUGGCUGAUAAAUACGGAAGAACCACCGAUUUGGAGAUGCAUCAGGCGGUUGUUAGUGUACUGACACAGGAUUAUGCAGCUGCUGAAGAGCUUUUGGAGGCUGCUUUGGAGAGAGACAGCAAGGACGCUGAUGUGCUCAUCAACUCGCUUGUCGCUGCUCAACUCAAUGAUAAAGAUGAUGAGGUCGUCGAGCGAUUGAUCUCCCAACUGAAACACGAGCAUCCAAAUCAUCCAUGGGUCAUCGACUACACCAACAAAGAGGACGAGUUCGAUCGAAUCGUCGUCUGA